GCAGCGUGGACUCCUGAAGCCUCUCCUCCAGGAGCGCUGAUAAAUAGCAGAGGAAGGGGGAGAAGUGUGAGGACGCAGUCAGCCAGAUCCCAUCUCCUCACAAUGGCAUUCGCUCUUUUAACCCUCCUGUCCGCUGUCGUCGGUGUGACCCUCUGCUAUCCUGCUGCUUUUGAAGACCUGGGGGGAAAUGGCAGCAACAGGACCUCCAUUAGGUUCCUGGCUUUAGGGGACUGGGGUGGACUCCCUUCCGCGCCUUAUGUCACGACUGUGCAGACAACUACAGCUCAGGAAAUGAGCAAAGUAGCAGAGCAGAUGGGCGCUGACUUUAUUCUGGCGCUUGGCGAUAACUUCUACUACAAGGGUGUGGAGAGUGUGGAUUCCCCACGGUUUCAGGAAACCUUUGAGUCUGUGUACACCUCAAAGUAUCUCAGAGUCCCUUGGUAUGUUGUGGCCGGUAAUCAUGACCAUGCAGGAAACGUCACAGCUCAGAUCGAGUACUCUCAAAGGUCCGACAGAUGGAAGUUUCCCUCUUAUUACUACGAGCUGAACUUCCACAUCCCCAACACGGGGAAGACGCUCACCAUCAUCAUGCUCGACACGGUGAUGCUCUGUGGACACUCCGACGACUUCACUGACGAGAAGCCCAGAGGCCCCCUGCGUGCGGUGGACGCCAACCGUCAGCUGGUCUGGCUGCAGGACCGGCUGGCCCGGUCCAAGGCGGACUUCCUGUUGGUGGCGGGCCACUAUCCGGUCUGGUCCGUGUCUGAGCACGGCCCCACAAAGUGCUUACUGAAAAAGCUUCGCCCUCUGCUCAUUAAACACAACGUGACCUCGUACCUGUGUGGACACGACCACAAUCUCCAGUAUCUUGAAGAGUCUGGUGUGGGCUAUGUAGUGAGUGGUGCUGGGAACUUUGUGGAUCCUGACUUCAGUCACUUUGACCACGUCCCCAAGGACUCUUUGAAGUAUUUCAAUGGCCAGGAAUCGACUCAGGGGGGCUUCGUUCAUGCGGAGGUCACAAACAGCGCGCUGUUCCUGACCUACUUCCAGUCUAAAGGCACGUCUCUGUUCCGCACCGUCCUUUCCCAGAGGAAGUUCGGGUAGACUUCCAACUGAGGCAAUCGUUUAUUGUAAAAAGUAUUAAUCUGUGGUGUUGAAUUAGUGACGUUUGAUUCUACUUUUAACUUUGCCACAAAAUUUUCAAUGCUUUUGAAUAUUUUUAAAGGAAUCAAAGUUUCAUCUGUGAAUUUAUUGUAAGCUAAAAUGUGUUUCAUAAAGCGUGGUGUCUCUUGUUUUGACAGCAGUUUCCAAAGACUUCCUUCAGAAACUGUAUGUUCAAGGGAUUUAUUGUAUAAUUUGUAAUAUCAAAUAAUGGCAGCAUAUUGGAUUAGUUUUCCUCCCAUUAGAUGUCGUACAUGGUAAUGCUGUUCUUUUCACUUGUUCACACAGGAAACUGUUCUGGUGUUUGAGUGAAAUUUAACACCACAGCUCCCUGGAAGGCUUUACUGUAUAGCCAUUUUAUUUUUUUCUGGAUGUCUGUACAAUUUCUUUGCAAUGGAUUUUCUUUUCCUAUGAAAUCAAUUCAAACCAUUUUCUUAACAUGUGAAAAUAAUCAAGUAAAUGUUUUAUAAAGUUU